AUGGAUGGGGACGAGCUGAUCGCCUCGGUCUUCCGCAAGAUCGAGCGGGAGAAGGCCCUCAUCACCGCUGCCAGUAACAUGCGGCAGUCGACUGACAAUCCCCUCGUGCAACAGAGAGUCGACGCCAACAUUCGCGAUGGCCGCAAGAACAUCGCUUACCUGGAGGAGAAAAUGCGAGAAUUGCAAAUCCGCCAGAUGAACCAGGAAGCUGGCUCCCCCGGCCAACGUGGAGGCCCGGCCCCGCCGCCGAAAGAUGGAUACACUGGCGAUCAAGGUGAUCAUGGUGAUGGCCACCACCCCCAGGUCGGCGCUGGCUCGAUGCCUUCCGGUGCCCCAUUCUCCGAUCCCCGACCUUAUGCUCCGAUCCCGAAGGCGCGGCCCAACUACACGAAGCUCGAUUUGAUCAAGUAUGAUACUCCGUACCUCGGACCGAAGAUUCAACUCAUGCUGUCGCAAUUGGAAUUCAAAUUGAGCGUGGAAGUGCAAUAUAAAGCCGGUAUUGAGAAGAUGGUCCGCUUGUACCAAGAUGAAGGCGACCGGAAGAGCCGUGCUGAUGCCGAGGGCCGUCGGAUUGAGAGCAACCAAAAGAUCCAGCUUUUGAAGCAGGCCCUGAAGCGAUAUGAGGAUCUCCAUGUUGAUAUUGAGUCUUCCGAUGCGCCAGAUGAUGAGAGUCUUAGCAGCCCUAACAUGCGCAAGCCGCUGACUGGUCUGCUGACAAUGCGCAUCCAUGCGGUCAAGGACGUGGAUCACGCCGCAAGUUCGCGCUUUUCUCGUGGCCCCGAAACAUAUGUUGUCGUCAAAGUCGAAGAUGCCAUCAAAGCUAGGACCAAAGCCACCCGAAACGACAAAUGGCUGGACGAAGGCUUCUCCAUGGAUAUUGACAAGGCAAAUGAGAUCGAAUUGACUGUUUACGACAAAUCAGGAGAUCGCCCGACACCAAUCGGUAUGCUCUGGGUGCGCAUUUCUGACAUCGCAGAGGAGAUGCGCCGAAAGAAAAUUGAGACGGAGCUCAAUGCAUCUGGCUGGGUAUCCGCAGAUAAGAUGGGCGAGGGUGGUUCUCCUCGGCAUGAUCACCCUGGAUCCCCCAUGGGCUCUUCACAUGGUCCCAGCUCCGGAGGACGUCCAGGCACUGCGGGACAGGGUGCACAUGGACAGCACGGCGGCGAGAGUUCGAAUGCUCCCCCGACUGUGAUGAUCGAUUCAUGGUUUGCUCUGGAGCCAGUCGGUCGGGUCCAGCUUCAAAUGAGCUUCGCCAAACAAUUGAAGGACCGCCGUCCAUUCGAUAUUGGUCUCAACCGUCAAGGUGCCGUGCGUCAAAAGAAGGAGGAGGUGCACGAGAAGCAGGGCCACAAGUUCGUCACCCAGCAGUUCUACAACAUCAUGCGCUGUGCGCUGUGUGGAGAAUUCCUCAAAUAUGCUGCUGGAAUGCAAUGUGCGGAUUGUAAAUAUACCUGCCACCGCAAGUGUUACUCCAAGGUUGUUACAAAGUGUAUCAGCAAAGCCAACUACGAGACCGAUCCGGACGAGGAGAAAAUCAACCACCGUAUUCCCCACCGUUUCGAAGGUUUCUCCAACAUUUCCGCGAACUGGUGUUGCCACUGCGGUUACCUGCUUCCAUUUGGACGCAAAAAUGCCAAGCGCUGUUCUGAAUGUAGUCUUACGUGUCACGCUCACUGUACUCACCUUGUGCCCGAUUUCUGUGGAAUGACUAUGGAAGCCGCAAACCAAAUUCUCGAGACAUUGAUUCGCACGAAGAAUCACAACAAGUCUGCUUCUGUUAGUUCCGGCCUCAGCAACCGUACCCUUCGAGCAGGCGGCCCGCCACAGCCCGCUCAAGACAACGCUGCCCUCUCCUACCCCCAGAAACCAACGGAAGGACCCUACGGGGCCCUUCCUAGACAACCCUCCGCCGAAGCGUCACCAACGACUGCUGCACAGGCUGCACGCCAGCCGCUGCCACCGAAAUCGCCCACUGGCCCCUCCGCUGCCGCUGCCGCUGCCGCCGCAGCUACCGGGCUACGUAGCCCUCAGCAACCACCAGCCGAAAUGAACCGUCCAAUCCAACCUCCGGCACCCGCGCAGCCUCAACACGCCCAUUAUGACCCAUCCGCUUAUGCCAACUUCCCGCAGCAACCUCCGCCCCAGGCUCCACAGAAGGUGCAACCUGCGGCCUAUCCGAUGGCGCCACCUCCACAGCCCAUGCAGCAGAUGCCUCAGCAACAGCAAGUUGCACCCCCCGUCAAGGACGAUGCUGCAGCGCAGGCAAAGACUCGCAUCGGAUUGGAUCACUUCAACUUCCUUGCUGUUCUUGGAAAGGGUAAUUUCGGAAAAGUUAUGCUGGCUGAAACAAAGAGCACCCGCAAGCUGUAUGCCAUCAAGGUGCUGAAGAAGGAAUUCAUUAUCGAGAACGAUGAAGUGGAGAGCACCAAGUCUGAAAAGCGUGUGUUCCUGAUCGCCAAUAAGGAACGUCAUCCGUUCCUCCUUAACCUGCACGCUUGCUUCCAAACCGAAACUCGUGUGUACUUCGUUAUGGAGUACAUUAGUGGUGGUGAUCUUAUGCUGCACAUUCAGCGUGGCCAAUUCGGUCUCAAGAGGGCCCAAUUCUAUGCCGCUGAGGUUUGCUUGGCGCUCAAGUACUUCCACGAGAACGGUGUCAUCUAUCGUGAUUUGAAGCUCGAUAACAUCUUGCUGACCCUGGAUGGUCACAUCAAGAUUGCUGAUUAUGGUCUCUGUAAGGAAAAUAUGUGGUACGGUGGUACAACCAGCACUUUCUGUGGUACUCCUGAAUUCAUGGGCCCCGAAAUUUUGCUGGACAAGAAAUAUGGACGGGCUGUGGAUUGGUGGGCUUUCGGUGUUCUCAUCUACCAGAUGCUUUUGCAACAAUCUCCUUUCCGUGGUGAAGACGAGGAUGAAAUUUACGAUGCCAUUCUUGCCGAUGAGCCUCUCUAUCCCAUUCACAUGCCUCGUGACUCCGUGUCGAUUCUCCAGAAGCUGCUGACUCGCGAGCCCGAGUUGCGUUUGGGCUCUGGUCCCACUGAUGCUCAGGAAGUCAUGUCUCAUGCCUUCUUCCGCAACAUCAACUGGGAUGAUAUCUACCACAAGCGGGUCCCCCCGCCCUUCAUCCCCACAAUCAGCAGUCCCACCGAUACCAGCAACUUCGAUCAGGAGUUCACCAGUGUGACUCCAGUCCUGACGCCUGUACAAUCUGUGCUUUCACAAGCCAUGCAGGAAGAAUUCCGUGGAUUCUCCUACACUGCUGACUUUGCUUGAUUCCACCGAUGUGUGAUCGGGAUGAUCAUUGCUUGCUUGGACACCUGU